AUGUCCUCAUCUAAAGCAACAGAGAAACAGCGGGAGUCUAAAUGCGUGCGAUGCCGACACCACGGGCUCAUCAUCGGGCUGAAGGGCCACAAGAACUCCUGUCCUUUCCAGGAGUGCAACUGCCCCCAGUGCUCCUUUGCAGCACAGCGGUUACGGAGCAGAUCCCUGAAGCGGAAACCGAAGACGCACUCCGUCGACACUGGUGUCGGCGCGGUGAAACAAGCCAAUGGGGGGACUCGUCAGUCGGCCACAUCUGGAUUAACAUGUGGGAACUCGGAGCGUGACACCCUCACCAUCGCCCGGUGGCACCCUGACCUCAGACCUGCCGCGGGAGGGGGGGACAGCUCGGGGGGAAGUUUGAAUGCCCCUCACUUCAGUGGAUUUGGCCAGGCUGCACCUCUGCCUGUUGUUCCCUUUCCAUUUCGGAUGUCAGGUCCUAGCAGCUGCACACUGGGUCCAAACCUCCUGGUCAACAUUCUGUGGCUGCCACCAGUGCCUGCUGGGGUUUACAACAACAGCGUCUUUGGACCCUCAGUGUUCUCCCACUUACAGCCAGAACUGCAGAGCGGUCAGCUGCCCAAUCCAAGAGCGCCUGCAGGAGGAGCUGACGCCAUGGCAGAAGUCGUAGUGGAGCUCGACUAAAUCACAGUGAGCGAGAUAUCUGACGGGUUACGUGACGAGAACUGAGCGUUUUUUUUUUUCAUGUAAGGUUUCCUGGUUUAGAUGGAGAGAAUUUCAAUCGCUUGUUCCACAAAGGAUGCAGUCUGUUUGGUCGUCCUGUUCAGACUGGCGGCCUGAAUGUUUCUGUACGCUGUUGGUUGUUAAUAAACUGAUGCAGGUUAAAGCUAAGGCUUGUUGUUAAAGGAGGCCAGCUGAUGAAAGCAACAAAUGUAAGGCUAUUUUGUAUUUCUAGUUUUCGAAUACAAAAAAUCCCUAGAAGUUUCAGGUUGAUUAUUUGCACUCAUUUGCAGUUUUUGUACUUCAAUAAAUCGGUUGUUAUUUUUCAUGGAGUGCAAUGUGCUACUAGUGUUCAGUGACACUGCGUUUGUUUACAAACGUACAAAGAAAAAUAAAACAUGAUUUCAUUCUUGUCUUU